AAUCUCAAAAAAAAAAUUAUUUUCAUUGAAGCCAACUAUGUAAGGGAGAUAUAAAGAUGAUGUAAUGAUACGAGUUUAACCAAUCUAAGUCCAUCCAUCUAACACGAAAAAUUUGAAUACUAAACUAUAUAUAUGAUUGAAUCUGAAGAAAGCUCAAAACAGAGCAAAACAUGGGAAGAGAUAUACAAACCGAUUCGAGAUCUGGAGAUGAAGAAGAUCUCCGUAGACAAUAAGAAAUCAAUCACAUUCCAAAAAUUAGCAAUCUUCAUCUCUCAUACCUGACACGGAGAAAUCAAUCAAGCAGCUGCGGAAGGAAUCAUCCCAGCUUUCCUCGCAUACGCAAUGAUACCACCAGCAUCAACCACAGGCCCGACAUCACCAAUCGCCUUAAGCCUAUACUCCUUCCCCGUCAUAUGAUUAAUCAAAACAUUCUCCCCUUCCCUUAAGAUCCUUGCGUACGACUGCGCCACCACCGCCUUUUGUAACCCUAAUCUAACAUCUCAGCACGAGAAUUGCGCUUCUCCUCUUCGGUUAGCUUCACCGAAACUCCAAACCUCUCAGCAUGUCGAAUCUUCUUCUGAACAUCAUCCACCGGAGAAGAUACAUCAUCCACUGCCGCCGACGAUCCAACAGCCUUGGUGUCAGGUUCUUCUUUCUUCUCACCAGAAACAACAGAGAGAGCCGGAGUCAUCGACCUUUCGCGAGAGAAGGAGAGAAGUUGAUCCGUCGAGAGAGAGAGAGAAAGAAACGUGAAUGUUUGAUGCCACGUGUUCCUAAGGACACAACCAAAAAAGUUCUUAACCGGAGACUUUCAUCUUUCGUCCCAAGCAUUAUUAGGCCUUUUUCAUUUAAUUUAAAUCCCAAAAAUGCUAAGAUAUCGGUCCAGGGACACCGAUCAUGCUCUUAGGGUUAAAUCGACAAGUAAGGUAAAUUCAAGUUUGUAAUUGACGGUUGGCUCAUGGGUCAUGAUCAGGGUCAAAAUCAUACAUUAUACGUUCAAUAAUACACUAUCAUCAUUUCAAGAAUUUUGGAGAAGAUACAUAAAACCAUGCAAAGCCCACUACACGUGUAGGCCCAGAGUUAAAACAAAUCGGAAAAGGUCAAAAGUCAACAACAACUUUAUUCGUUCCUUCCUCUCCACAAGUUUAAACGACGUCGCUCAAACCCUGUUGUUUCCUAUAAACACUCACGUUUAAUCCUCUCCCUCAUAAAAUCAUUCACAACUUGCAUUAGUAACCAAUACUGUUACUUUCAACAAUGAGAAACUUAUGUUGUGUCGCCAAAACGUCGUCGGAUCAUCAACCUCCACUGACUUUAACGCCACGCCAGAGUUUGGAAUCGGCGGCUGUCUACGGAAUCAUCGAAUCUGCGGCCGACGUAAUCGAGAGAUGGAACACAGAGACAUCCACUUACGCCAAAGUCACUUCCAUGUUCUACGAGAACAAACAAGAAGCCAUGGUGUUCAUCGACCGAGUGAAAGACCUUCAGAAGACGAUGGACCUGCUCGUGAGCGAGGAUGCAAACUCUGAGAGGCUCGUGAGAGCUCAGAGACUGAUGGAGAUCGCUAUGAAGAGGCUCCAAAAGGAGUUUUACCAGAUCCUCUCCAUGAACCGUGCUUACCUCGAUCCAGAAUCAGUCUCCACACGAUCAUCACUCACCUCAGAGAGAUCUAGCAACUCAGAUUUUAUAGAAGACGAAGAUUCACACACGGGAGGUGACUCAAUCGUCGAAGUAGAAGAGGCUUCUAGUAACGUCAUGACGGAGCUAAGAUCCAUCGCUGAGUGCAUGAUCGGUUCUGGCUACGCGAAGGAGUGUAUAAGCAUAUACAAAAGCAUCAGAAAGUCUAUCAUCGACGAAGGUGUUUACCGUCUCGAAGUAGAGAAAAUAACCACGGCGAAAGCGAAGAGAAUGUCAUGGGAGGAGAUUGAGUUAAAUAUCAGAAGCUGGUUAGAGGCGGUGAAAGUCUCCAUGGAGACACUCUUCAAAGGAGAGAAGAUUCUCUGCGAUCACGUCUUCGGAGCUUCUGAUUCUAUUAGAGAGUCUUGCUUUAGUGAAAUAUCUCGAGAAGGUGCUCUUCUACUCUUUACCUUCCCGGAGAUCAUAGCUUUCAGAACAAGCAAGAAGAAUCCUCCUCCGGAGAUUAUUUUCCGGCUGCUUGACAUGUACACCUCCGUCGCAGGAAACUGGCGAGCUAUCGAAGCAAUCUUCUCCUUCGAGUCUACUUCCGUCGUGCGAUCUCAAGCGCUUAAGUCUCUCGUCUCUCUCAGCGAAUCCAUUCGAUCGCUCCUUCUUGAUUUCGAAUCAAGAAUCCAUAAGGACUCGUCGAAAGUGGUGGUUCACGGCGGAGGAGUGCAUCCUCUGACUCUCUCCGUCGUGAGCCACAUCUCUCUCCUCGCCAACUACAGCAACGUCCUCGUCGAUAUCCUCGCCGGAUCUCCACCGCCGGACAGAUCAUUAAUCCCGGAGUCUUACCUGAACGUCUCCGACUCCGACGACUCGCCGACGUCGGAGCUAGCCAUCAGAUUCGCGUGGCUUAUCCUCGUCCUCCUCUGUAAAAUCGACCGUAAAGCGAAUUACUACAAGGACUGCUCCGUGCAGUAUCUCUUCCUCACCAACAACCUCCGUCACGUGGUCUCACGUGCUCGCUCCUCGAACCUAAAGCGGCUCCUCGGCGACGACUGGGUCAAGAGGCACCUCGCUAAGGUUAAGCAGUUCUCCGACAGCUAUAAAAGGCUUGCGUGGGGACCGGUGUUGGCGACCCUACCUGAGAAUCGUGCCGUUGAGAUGUCGGCUGAGGAAGUGAAGGAGCGGUUUGAAAAAUUCAGCGAGGGGUUCGAGAGGGCGUACGGUAAGCAAGGUGCAUGCGUCGUACCGGAUGUAGAGCUAAGGGAGGAGAUUAAGCUGUCGAUUGCGAGAAAGCUGGUGCCAGUUUAUCGAGAGUUUUACAACACGAGAAGGUCUGUUAUCUUGGCGGGAGCUGGUGGCGUGACAGUUGUCCGAUUUACCCCGGAAGAUAUUGAAAACCAUUUGUCUAAUUUGUUCUCGGGGGAGGGUAUUUCUGGGAGUUCAUCUGUCUCUUCUCCUUCGUCUUGUCGGUCACGGCAAUCAACAUCCUAAAGUUUUUUUUUUUUUUUUUGUCUGUGAAAGGCAAACAUUGAAUAGUGUUCAUGGUUGUACUAUUUUUAAUUACCUCAAGAGGAAGGAAUGGUUGUUGACAACGAGACAAAUCUUGUCUGUACUAGGGCUAAUAUCUAAUGAUGUAAUGAUUGAGAUAGUAUUGUAUAAUCUUUUUACACAAAAGUAAUAUACCUUCAUUUUAUAAUUUAA